AUGACAGAUCGAUUGUGCAUAGAGACAAAAGGAAAGGAGAAAUGUCUUGCAAACUGUGCCAUAUCACUGCUUGAAAGAUCGCCAUUCAAGUUAACUGACAUUAUUAAGGUGCAUAUUUCUGAUACUGAUUUGCUCUCAUGCUGUGGAGAACUAUGCGGCCGCGGAUGUCAUGGAGGAUUGACCAGUCGAGGUUGGCUCUAUUUCACCAUGACGGGCAUUUGUACCGGAGGAAGAUACGCCGAGAAGGAUUGCUGCAAACCGUACGCCUUUUACCCUUGCGGAGAACAUAAAAAUCAAACCUAUUAUGGACCAUGUCCAAAGGAGACAUGGCCUACACCAAAGUGUCGUAAAAUUUGUCAGCUAAGAUCUCACAAGGAUUACAAAGAGGACAAGAUAUUUGGUAUGGCUUUCCAUCAUUUACUGUUUGGUUAUACUUUUCGUAUUUGCAUAUUCGCGAAAGUGCGAAGUUGGUUGCACAAAUGGGGAGAACAGCGAGGAGCACAUGCAAUAAAAAUUAUUGGGUGGGGAGUAGAAAACGGCACUCCUUAUUGGUUAAUCGCGAACUCAUGGAAUACUGAUUGGGGAGAAAAAGGGUACUUCCGUAUUCUUCGCGGCGAGAACCACUGUGGAAUCGAAGAAGUUGUGAUCGGAGGGCAUAUUGACCUUGAAAAAUUUGAAUAG